GAGUCUUUAGGCUCCAGUUACAAGCCCUGCGUCAUCUGUCAGAUCACAUGGUAAUUGUUGCUAUUUCAAGGAUCAAGUGGCAUAAAGCUCCCCACCUACCCCCACCCCACCCCUUUCCUUUGGUACCAUAUAGAGAGGAAGAGUGAUUAUUGUGUGAUGGGGUGAGACCAGGCUCUCUGGUCCAACCCUCCCAACUGGAAACCAGGCUCCGUGGGGUGGCGCGCGCGUCGUGUUCUCACGGAGUGAUUGGGAAAGGGGGGCGGGGGAGGGGGUCUCAGGGGAGGAAGGGCAGCUCUAAUUGGUUUCUCAAUGAAAGAUAAUCACCUAGUCCCCGGAGAGGCUGGGGAUUAGCACUCUGCCUCUCCUCUCCAUCGCUUUUAGACUUCUCCUCCUCCCCUCGGUGCCUUUAGUCCAUUCAGCAGAAGUGGAUCGAAGAAAGCCGCUCCUCGCGCCGCAUUAGGGGCCGCACUCCGCCGCGCGCGAGUCCUUAGCGCCCCAUUCACUCACUCACUCUGCGCUCGCCUCGCCCGGCUGUCGUCCCAGCCGCCACCACUGCCCAGAAAAAGUUUUGCGGAGGGGCUCAGGGAAAAAAUGAGCGAGCUGGAGGAAGACUUUGCCAAGAUUCUCAUGCUCAAGGAGGAGAGGAUCAAAGAGCUGGAGAAGCGGCUGUCAGAGAAAGAGGAGGAAAUCCAGGAGCUGAAGAGGAAGCUCCACAAAUGCCAGUCGGUGCUCCCGGUGCCCUCGACUCACAUUGGUCCUCGGACCACCCGGGCGCAGGGCAUCUCGGCGGAGCCGCAGACAUACAGGUCCUUCCACGACCUCCGACAGGCAUUCCGGAAGUUCACCAAAUCUGAAAGGUCCAAGGAUCUCAUAAAGGAAGCCAUCCUUGACAAUGACUUCAUGAAGAACUUGGAGCUGUCACAGAUCCAGGAGAUUGUGGAUUGUAUGUACCCAGUGGAGUAUGGGAAAGACAGUUGCAUCAUCAAAGAAGGAGAUGUCGGAUCACUGGUGUAUGUCAUGGAAGAUGGUAAGGUUGAAGUUACAAAAGAAGGUGUGAAGUUGUGCACCAUGGGUCCAGGAAAAGUGUUUGGGGAGUUGGCUAUUCUUUACAACUGUACCCGGACAGCGACCGUCAAGACUCUUGUCAACGUGAAGCUCUGGGCUAUCGAUCGACAAUGUUUUCAAACUAUAAUGAUGAGAACAGGACUUAUCAAGCAUACCGAGUAUAUGGAAUUUUUAAAAAGCGUUCCAACAUUCCAGAGCCUUCCUGAAGAGAUCCUCAGUAAGCUUGCUGACGUCCUUGAAGAGACCCACUAUGAAAAUGGAGAAUAUAUCAUCAGGCAAGGUGCAAGAGGAGACACCUUCUUUAUCAUCAGUAAAGGAAAGGUAAAUGUCACUCGUGAAGACUCACCAAGUGAAGACCCAAUCUUUCUUAGAACUUUAGGAAAAGGAGAUUGGUUUGGAGAGAAAGCCUUGCAAGGGGAAGAUGUGAGAACAGCAAAUGUAAUUGCUGCAGAAGCUGUAACCUGCCUUGUGAUCGACAGAGACUCUUUCAAGCAUUUGAUUGGAGGAUUGGAUGAUGUUUCUAAUAAAGCAUAUGAGGAUGCAGAAGCUAAAGCAAAAUAUGAAGCCGAAGCUGCUUUCUUCGCCAACCUGAAGCUGUCUGAUUUCAAUAUCAUCGACACCCUUGGAGUUGGAGGUUUCGGACGAGUUGAACUGGUCCAGUUGAAAAGUGAAGAAUCCAAAACCUUUGCAAUGAAGAUUCUCAAGAAACGCCACAUUGUGGAUACAAGACAGCAGGAGCACAUCCGCUCGGAGAAGCAAAUCAUGCAGGGGGCUCAUUCUGACUUCAUAGUGAGACUAUACCGAACAUUUAAGGACAGCAAAUAUUUGUAUAUGUUGAUGGAAGCUUGCCUAGGUGGAGAGCUCUGGACCAUUCUCAGGGAUAGAGGUUCAUUUGAAGAUUCUACAACCAGAUUUUACACAGCAUGUGUGGUAGAGGCUUUUGCCUAUCUGCAUUCCAAAGGAAUCAUUUACAGGGACCUCAAGCCAGAAAAUCUCAUCCUAGAUCACCGAGGCUAUGCCAAACUGGUUGAUUUUGGCUUUGCAAAGAAAAUAGGAUUUGGAAAGAAAACAUGGACUUUUUGUGGGACUCCAGAGUAUGUAGCCCCAGAGAUCAUCCUGAACAAAGGCCAUGACAUUUCAGCCGACUAUUGGUCACUGGGAAUCCUAAUGUAUGAACUUCUGACUGGCAGCCCACCUUUCUCAGGCCCAGAUCCUAUGAAAACCUAUAACAUCAUCUUGAGGGGGAUCGACAUGAUAGAAUUUCCAAAGAAGAUUGCCAAAAAUGCUGCUAAUUUAAUUAAAAAACUAUGCAGGGAUAAUCCAUCAGAAAGAUUAGGGAAUUUGAAAAACGGAGUAAAAGACAUUCAAAAGCACAAAUGGUUUGAAGGCUUUAAUUGGGAAGGCUUAAGAAAAGGCACCUUGACACCUCCUAUAAUACCAAGUGUUGCAUCACCCACAGAUACAAGCAAUUUUGACAGUUUCCCUGAGGACAAUGAUGAACCACCACCUGAUGACAACUCAGGAUGGGACAUAGACUUCUAAUGUAUUUCUCUUACCUGCUUCUGCCUUGCUGAAGACAGCUUUUUCUGAAAUACAGCUGCCAGCAAACCUGAGGGAAAGAGAGAAGAUUAGUGCUCGGGGUCACCAUGAUGCCUUUGAUCGAUGCUGCUCCAGUAACUCCAGUGGCAUUAGGACUUAUUGCUUAGAUGACAAUAGUACUCUUUACACGUUUUCUGUUUGAACCUAAAAAUUGCAGUUGACAUGGUGGUCCUGACGCAAAGCCUUUCACCAGUAAAGAGAUGUUUUCUAUUGUUGCAGUGAUCUCGCUUUGCUCUGACUAUAGUUUGAAAGACUGCAAGAAACUCUUCAAUCUAGUUAAAGAGUCUGUACCUUACUAGAAUUCUCAAGAAGGUCAAAAAAUAAUAUAUUGGGUACAAUAGAUUUCUAUGGUACAAAAACUGGGCUCUUCCCUUUCUUCAAGUGAGGGUCAUAGGAUCUAUUACCGCAGGCCGGUGUAUAUACCGUACAAGAGAGGACCACGCAUCUGUUGGUCAUAGUUCAAACCAGUGCUAGAAGUUUCAUGAUUUCAUUUCCCAGCAGUGCUGAUGACGAGACUGAAUGUUACCUUUCCUUUCUGACAGAUUUAAAAAUUGACAUGCAAAAAGCACAACUGCUAUGAAUUCUUCUGGAAUUCAUAACGCAUAGCAGGUAUAUAUGCGUUUUCACAGAAGAUUGGGAAAAACAAAAAAACAAAAAAACAACAUGCAUGGUAUUUGUUUCUUUUUGAUAAAUUGGCAUGACAGAGUGGAAAAAAGCAAUUCACCACCAUUUCAUAUAUUUUUUAAAUAGUGUGCUUAAAGAUGGUCCUGGAAAUAAGUGACUAGCAGCCGAUUGGUUUUUAUUUAUUACCUAACACACCCUCAAACUGAGGUUUAAAAUAUUCCCUUUUAUAAAAAUGAAUCCUUAGGGUCAAGGUGGGGUGGGAUGGAGAGGGAUUAAGAUUCAUCCAAAAAAAAUAAAAAUAAAAAUAUAAAACUAUAUAGGUGCUAUGUAUAUCUUUCAUCUGUAAAUGUCAGUGUCUGAACAGACAACACGAAUUCUAAUCAUUACAUGUGUAGCCAGAGACUUGAGCAUUUUCACUAAAUUUAUCAAACCAAACUCCUGUCAGAUUUCACUUCUACAAUAGUCUAGGGUUGAGGGAGAAAGGUGAUUAAAAACCUGUUUGAACUAGCUUCUUGUCUUAGGCCUGAACCAAAAAAAAAAGAAAAAGAAGAAAAAGAAAAAGAAAAUGAUAAUUAAAAAAAAAAAAA